AUGCAAGAGACCCCAACUCAGCCUCCAGAGCUGCCUAAGGAGGUUGUAGUUCAAUAUCCAUUCCAUCAGGAAGCAACAGCUCCAACUCCAAGUAAGGGUCAAGCUCAGCAUCCAGUUUCAGCCAGCGUCACAUUUCAUCAUGAGGACUUGGUGCUUACCAUUACUCCAGAACCUAUUACAGAGGCUGAACAUUCUACAAACAUGAAGAAGACUACACCUUCUCCAAAGGACCUUGAAGUGACACUUGCACAUCCAGAACAGGUUCAGAGUCAACAUCCAAACCUGACUGAAGUCACAGUGUCACCAAUGGACCUGGAAAUUACUGUAACCGCAGGAUCCAAUAUGGAGGUUGAACCUUCUCCAACCAUGCAAGAGACCCCAACUCAGCCUCCAGAGCUACCUAAGGAGAUUGUAAUACAAUAUCCAUUCCAUGAGGAGGUGACAUCUCCAACUCCAAGUAAGGAUCAAGGUCAGCAUCCAGUGUCACCCAGGGUUACAUUUCAUCGUGAGGACUUGGGGCCUACCAUUACUCCAGAACCUAUUACAGAGGCUGAACAUUCUACAACCACAAAGAAGACUACAACACCUCCUCCAAAGGACCAUGAGGUGACACUUGCACAUCCAGAACAUGUUCAGAGUCAACACCCAAACCUGACUGAAACCACGGUUCUACCUGUGGACCUGGAAAUUACUGUAAGUCCACAACCAGAGUCAUCUGAGACAGUUUUUCUGCCAACGACCCAGCAUUCAGUGGUGCAUUUUGUAAAAUACACCCCAGAAAAGGCACGCACAGCUUUAACUGAGCCACCAGAAGAGAAUGCUACCAUGAACAUCAACAUAUGUGAGCUCUGUACCUGCAAAGAUGAGACGCUGUCAUGUACUGGUUUCAGCCCAAAGCAGAGGCUACGCAGAGUGCCUGUGCCAGAGCCCAACACCUACAAUGGCACCUUCACCAUCUUGUAA